AUGAGUUAUCCCAGCGGUCGCGAGCACUACCACGAGCCUCUUCCCCUCCGUUCGGGCACCAAACCAUACCGUACCCUACUCUUCUCUCAGCGUCCUCGCAACAACAGACCUGAGCCCUUUGAUCUCGGUUCAGACUCCAGCUUCGGCGAAUUCUUCAGCCCUGUUAGUUCUAUAUCAACUCAGGGUCCUACCAUUGCAGAGAUUCAAGCAGAGUUCGGCGCUUUGAUUGGCAACACCGAUAACGGUGAGGGCUGGGGAGAACAAUUCCGACAACAGAGGGCUCGCUUGCAUCCUGUCCCUAAGAUUGAGCGUCCUUCGGUUAAUAUCCUUGAACCUCCCUCUCGGAGAUCUAGAGCGCCUAUGUCUUCAAGCUUGGGAAUACUCCCGUUUGAGAGCAACCCAUCGUCUGAGUAUAGCUCAUCACCCACCUCAGAAUAUCAUACUCCGGCUCGAGUACGAAAAGUCUUCCCUAGAUCGCUAGGCAUUGAACUGGCAAGGCAAUUUGAAGCACCUCCGUAUGGGAGCAGCUCAUCAUCGUCUGAGCCCAGUUCGGUGACUUCAUCUGAGAGCCACAGUCCCGGUCUGUAUAUGCGUCCGAGUGAGCGCAUUCACCUUCUCCCACCCACUCCCAGAUCACCAAGGGUUGAGGUGACAAACCCAGUUGAUAAACUACAACCUAUUGCUCGACAUCCCUACAGACACGGUUCGUACCUGAAUGACCGUUACGAUUACUCGACUGUAGAGGAGCACAGGCGAUGUGAGGAAGACACCGGGGAGACAUGGGGCGAUGUAUGGCUUGACUUUUUGUACUUGAGUGUCUUGUUUGUGUCGUUUAUUUCCGUUAUCUUUGUGUAUGCAUGGGUUGUGCUUUCAUUCCUCCGCGCCUGGUGCCGUACAUAG